UCCGUCCGUGGAUCACAUGAUGGAAGUGCCUCAGCUUCAUGGGUUUGGUCCUGCUGCAAACCGUCUGCUGGAGGCAUAUAAUAUGCUUCUCAAGUUCCUAGGGAACUUGAAGAACUUAAGAGACUCGCAUGCAGCACUAUCGAUUGGAUCAUCAGGAACAGUAGCUGGAGAGCCGUCUUCUGUAACUAGAAUUGUGUCCGAGUGUGAAGCCGCGUUAACUGUUAUACAUCGAGACCUUGGAAUCCUCUCGGCUUCUAUUGCUCGUGAGCAAGGGGAGCGUCUGUAA